AUGAGUCUCCUAAGUUGGAACUGUCGAGGGCUUGGGAACCUUCAGACAGUUAAUGCCUUGAAAAAGGUUAUUAGGUUAGAAGAUCCCAAUCUGGUGUUCUUGAUGGAAACAAAGUCGAAUGAAGAGUGGGUAAAAAUUGUUCGUAAUCAAUGUGGUUUUAAAGAUAGUUUUAUUGUUCCUAGUGAUGGUUUGAAGGGAGGGUUAGCUUUAUUUUGGAAAUCUGAUAUCAAAGUGGAUGUUCUGGAUUCUUCGCUAUCCUUUAUUGAUGCUUUGAUUGAGGGGGGUGAAAGAAUCGGAUGUUGGCAUUUGUCAGGUUUCUAUGGUCAUCCUGAGACUGCACUAAGGAUGGAUUCAUGGAGAUUGCUUAAUUCCUUUAGGGAUAGCUCACAGUUGCCAUGGCUUGUGAUUGGAGAUUUCAAUGAAAUCAGGUGUCAAGCAAAGAAGGAGGGAGGGGCUUCUAGGCCAGUACAGCAAAUGGCCAGAAACAAGCUGGAGGUGUGGAAUGUGAGUGAGUAUGGGCAUGUGGGAAAGAAGAUAGCUGGUUUACAAAAACGCCUAGAAGGGUUGGAGAUGCAAGCUUCAUCACCUUCGGUUAUAAAAGACUUAAGAGAUACUAGAGUGGAAUUGAAUUGUUGGCUUGACAAAGAAGAUGCCAUGUGGAAACAGAGGGCUCGGCUGAACUGGUUUCAGGAGGGUGACAGAAAUACCCGCUUCUUUCAUGCUAAGGCCUCAGCAAGGUUUCAAAAGAACUUAAUUGAGGGGGUUUUAGAUGCUAAUGAGGUGUGGCAGGUUGACCAAGGGGAGAUUGAGAAGGCGUUUAUUGACUACUACUCUGAGUUGUUCACCUCCUCAGCACCAUCAGAUUUCACUGAAAUCCUAGAGGCUAUUCAACCUAGAGUAACUCAUUCAAUGAAUUCCAUGCUGGUGAAGGAGUUCCAGGCAGGUGAAGUGCACAACGCCCUAAAACAGAUGUAUCCUUUAAAAGCCCCAGGUCCGGAUGGUAUGCCCCCUCUUUUUUUCCAAAAAUUCUGGUCUAUUGUAGGUGGUGUAGUAACUAAGACAGUAUUGGAUUUCCUUAAUUUAGGCAUUACCCCGCCAAAAUUUAAUGAAACACAUAUUGUUUUGGUUCCUAAAACUGAAUCACCUAAAAGAGUAACUGAGUAUAGACCAAUCAGUCUCUGUAAUGUUAUUUACAAACUGGCAUCUAAAACUCUAGCCAACAGACUUAAAAAAAUCCUCCCAUCUAUUAUCAGUGAUACCCAGAGUGCUUUUGUGAAUGGUAGAUUGAUUACUGAUAAUGUUUUAGUAGCUUUUGAGGCAAUGCACCAGAUUAAUUUGAAGAAAUCAGGAACUAAAGGUGAGAUGGCUCUCAAGCUAGACAUGAGCAAGGCAUAUGACAGGGUGGAAUGGGCAUGCCUAGAGAAGAUAAUGGAGAAAUUGGGGUUUCAUUCAAGAUGGAGGAGCCUGAUGAUGCAAUGCAUCUCUUCAGUCACCUAUGCUGUACGGGUCAAUGGUAAACCUAGUGGCCAUAUUAUUCCCUCUAGAGGACUCCGCCAAGGUGAUCCACUCUCCCCAUAUUUAUUUUUGAUUUGUGCAGAAGGCCUUUCUGCGUUGAUUAAAAAAGCUACAGCUGAUGGUUUGCUGGAAGGUGUUUCUAAAGUACUGAGAACGUAUGAGCAAGCUUCUGGCCAACAGCUGAACCGUGCCAAAACUUCUCUGUUUUUCAGUCCUAACACAGUACAGGAGAUCCAGGAAGAGAUUAAAGUGCGAUUUGGUGCUCAAGUCAUUCGGCAGCAUGAGAAGUAUCUGGGCCUCCCUUCUUUGGUAGGAAGAAAUAAGAAGAAUACUUUCAAGGAAGUCAAAACAAAACUGGCCAAAAAAUUGGCUGGGUGGAAGGAAAAGCUAUUGUCUAAAGCUGGGAAGGAAGUUUUGAUAAAAGCGGUAGCACAAGCUAUUCCGACGUAUACUAUGAGCUGCUUUAAAAUUCCUGAUUCCCUUUGUGAUGAGAUGACAAGUAUUAUUAGGAAUUUUUGGUGGGGGCAAUGUAAGGAGGAGAGGAAAAUGGCAUGGAUUAGUUGGGAGAAACUUUGUGCUCCAAAGGCUUGUGGGGGAAUGGGUUUCAAACAACUGAAGGAAUUUAAUUUGGCCAUGUUAGCUAAACAAGGGUGGCGACUCCAGUCUGGGAGUGAUUCUCUAUUAUAUAGAGUAUUUAAGGCCAAAUAUUUUCCAAUGUGUGAAUUUGUGGAUGCAUGUCUUGGAAAAAAUCCUUCAUUUAUUUGGAGGAGUAUUUUGGCGGCUCAAGCAAUUGUCCAAAAUGGCAAAAGGUGGCUGGUGGGGAAUGGUCAUAGCAUAAGGAUUAGGAAGGAUAAAUGGGUGCCAUCCCCCUCAACUUAUAAGGUUUUUUCUCCUGUCUCUAGACUACCUGAGGACUCUCAGGUUGCAACCCUUAUUGAUGAAGCUUCUGGUGCAUGGAAUAAUGACUUGGUGCGGCAAAUUUUCCUUCCUCAUGAAGCUGACUUGAUCUGUAGCAUUGCUCUAAGCGCGAAUCUGCCAGAGGAUAAGCAAGUCUGGGCUUUAACGCACAAUGGACUCUUUAGUGUCCAUAGUGCAUAUAAGUUGGCCAUGGAGAUGAGCUUAAAGGGACCGGUGGGUGGUGUGUCUGAUGGUAGUCAGUUAAGAAGGUUUUGGAAGCAACUAUGGAGUUGUAAUGUUCCACACAAGAUUCGCCACUUCGCUUGGAGGGCCUGCAAAGAUGUUCUACCCACGAAGGAGAAUCUGGUCAGGCGCAAAGUGCUGUUGGACAAUGUCUAUGAUGAGUGUCGCAUGGAGGAAGAGUCUUCAGCCCAUCUGUUCUGGCGGUGUCAACGUGCUGCUGAAAUAUGGCACAAUUCCGCUCUGUUUCAGGGCUCUAGGAGUUGCCAUUUUGGGUCGUUCAUGGACUUGCUCUGGUAUGUGGUGAUGAUAGCUCAGUGGGAUCACAGAAGGGUGGAAAAACUGAUUGUGAUAGCCUGGGCAUUGUGGUCGAACCGGAAUGAAUGCAGGAAUGGUGGUGUGAAAAAGUCAAGUCAGACCUUAGUGCAUGAUGCGUUGGAGUAUUUAUGUGCUUACCAGGCUUGUAUACAGGUCACGAAUUCGAAGCAGCCAGCUGGAGCAGCAGUGUGGACGCCUCCCUCUCCAGCUCGUUACAAAAUAAAUGUAGAUGGGGCUGUGUUCAAAGAGCAGAAAUCGGCAGGGGUGGGGAUUAUCAUUCGCGAUGAUGCAGGUCAGCUGAUUGGAGCCUACAGUAAAAAAAUUAAAGCUCCUCUGGGUGCCAUUGAGGUUGAAGCUAAGGCGGUUGAGAUGGGUCUUUAA